GCGUAAUCUUGUUUUAACUAAUUAUCAGCUUUCUUCAUAUACCACCAGAUUCGAUCAAUUUAUUUAAGCUAAGCUAGUAUGGAUGGCGCCACCAGGACCAACAACAAUGGCGGCAGCCCACCAAGCUGGCUUGAUUAUUUAUGUGUUGAAUGAGAUACUAUUGUGAGCCCCCCACCUUCAUCUCAUGAAAGAAGAAGAUGUCCUACAAAUUCCAGCCACAGACUAGUUGGAUUCAUCAGAGCAGUUUUGGACAACCAGUUCUGUUACUGGUGCAAGACAUGUCUAAGGCAUCAGCUCUCAUCAAUACCAUUGCUUGAAAUUAUCACUACAUGCACUCAAUGUGCAAUCCCCAUGUAUCAAAUUCGAGGGAUGAUAUUCCAGCCUACAGAACAUUUAUUUGGGAUCGUUACGGGGUCUCCUGCAGCAGCUGGUCUGCCACCCCUAGAUCAUCUCGAUAUACAGCUGAUUUUACCACUCUUUGAACGAAUAACGGGAUACUCGAUUUCCUUCACUAGUGUAAUCGCAACACUUCGGAUGGUGAAAGUCUUGGAAUCUCAUUUGAGAGAGCAAUCUAAAUGUCCAAUUUGCCUGGGAGAGUUUGGGGCAGGUGAGGAUGCAUGCGAGUUGCCGUGUAAGCAUAUUUACCAUAGGGAAUGUGUUGUUCCAUGGCUUAGGCGUAGAAAUAUUUGUCCUGUCUGUCGACAACCUGCAACCUCAACUAGUAUUAGUGUGUGUGAUCGGGAUGAGUUUGUGUGUGCACGUGAGCUGGAGCUAGAGCGUGCACGUGAGCGGGAGUCAGUGCGUGCACGUGAGCGUGAACGGGAGCUUGAGCAUGCACGUGAGCGUGAACGGGAGCUUGAGCGUGCGCAUGAGCGUGAGCUGGAGCUAGAGCGUGCACAUGAGCGGGAGUCUGCGCGUGCACGUGAGCGUGAGCUGGAGCUAGAGCGUGCACAUGCACGUGAGCGUGAACGCGAGCUUGAGCGUGCACGUGAGCGUGAACGGGAGCUUGGGCGUGCACUUAAGCUAGAGCUUGAGCGUAAACAAAAUCAGAACAUCAUUAUAUUUAUUAAAUUUAGUGUACUUACUUUAUAUGUACUAUGCGUGUACUUCAUUGUAAGAAAAUUAAGAAAUGACUCUAAAUAGGAAUAAGAUCAUAUAUGGAUGUCAAAAUAAGACUACUAGUGUUUUAUUACCUAAUUAAAUAAGUGUAAAUAUUUUCAUUUUUG